AGCUCGAUCUGUCCGGGUCGACCCUGUUUUCUUUCACUUGUAGUGCGAUAUGUCACCGAUAAAAAACUGCUUAUCCCUCUUCCAUCCCAUUCAUCAAUAAUUAGAUGGUCCUCUCAUCAAAUACAUUGCAUUCAACCCUCAAAUCUUUCAUUCACAGUGUUUUUUGAGUGAUUGUCAAAUGUUUUGAGAGGGAGAAUUGGAGGGUAAUAAAAAAGGAGUCACGGUGCUCGCGGCCUACUAACCUGACCUUGGGUCGGCCAGACCAGGAUUAUUGAGAAUGUGAACUGUUAAUACAGCGCAGAUGCCCAACAAGGCUUGGCCUCGUCGAGAGUGGUCUCCUCAAUCUCCUAUAGAUGUCUUGUGGAUGCCUCGCUCCGCUAUGAGGCCAGCCGAGGGCGAUACAUCGGACUGCAUUCUCGUGGUUGGCAUAUCGCGACCAAAAUUGGCCGCUGCUUUCCUGUCUGUCGCUUUGAUUUCUCUAUUCCUGACUUUUCACGUUCUCUUUGAUAGUGCAGUCUAUAGUCUUCAUGCAGCUUCCGGUGUUGAGGGAAGAACGAUAGAAUUGGUUACACGUGCCCGCGCCACACCUCCACUACUUUUUUCCAAUAAAAUACAUUUUCCUCGCACCAAUAGACAUCUUCCUCAGGCAAUUAUCAUCGGUGUAAGAAAGUGCGGUACACGUGCACUUCUCGAAAUGCUCUUUCUUCAUCCACAAAUCCAAAAGGCAGCCGGCGAAGUACAUUUUUUCGAUCGUGACGAUAAUUAUAGUAAAGGUCUCGAAUGGUAUCGAAGAAAAAUGCCAUAUUCAUUUAAGGGACAGGUCACCAUUGAAAAAAGUCCCAGUUACUUUGUCACGCCCGAAGUGCCUGAAAGAAUUCGUGCGAUGAAUUCGAGUGUAAAGUUACUGUUAAUCGUGCGCGAGCCAGUAACAAGAGCAAUAUCAGACUACACACAAUUGCGAACACAUUCAGCGACAGCGUCAACAACAACAACAAAUGGAACGCCAGUUCCUUAUUUACAAAUAAGUCGCACAUUCGAGGAACUUGUUAUUAGGCCCGAUGGUUCCAUCAAUGAAUUCUAUAGGCCAAUCGCCAUUUCCCUUUAUCAUAACUACAUGCAUCGAUGGCUGGAGGUAUUCUCCCGUGAUCAAAUGCUGGUAGUGAAUGGUGAUCGGCUUAUAGAAGAUCCCGUACCCCAAUUGCGCAGAAUCGAGAGCUUCCUAGGUCUGGAGCCAAAAAUUGGUAGACAUAACUUUUACUUUAACAACACCAAGGGCUUCUUCUGUCUGCGCAAUGACACAGCAGAAAAGUGUUUGCGGGAGAGCAAAGGUCGUCGACAUCCACGAGUCAGUCCUGUGGUAGUUACGAAACUUCGCAAGUUUUUCAAUGAACACAACCAACGCUUUUAUGACCUGGUGGGCGAGGACCUUGGCUGGCCUGAGGAAUAGAUCUCUCACUUUAGCAGUCUUUAGUCUCUAGCUUUUUUUUAUACAUACAGUUGGUUGUACUUGUCUCUAAGCUCUACUUAUGCCGAUUCUGCACUAGAGAUUAUCUCUCUCUCAAGUUUUAUUUUCUCAAGCAAAAAAAGCAAACCGUAGAAAAAAAACUUGUCACAAAAUGAAGAAUUUUACGAUGUUCCUAUAUCAUACUUGGAUCAGUUCUCUAGAUUAAAGAUCUGCGACUUGCAACAUUCAUUUUUUAUAGGAUCCUGGGGAGCACUUUUAUUCACCAUUCGCAAUUGUCAUUCUUUCGAUUAUUACCCUUAAAGGUCUAUCAUAAAAAAGUAAUCUUAAAUAUUCAGACUAUUUUUAGUCUAUAAUUUUCUCAAAGAAUCAGUAAAACUAGAUAUCUAUACCUAAUCCUUAAUCUAAACAUCAAAACCUCUCGGAUUUAAUUCGAAGAAUCGAUAACAUCUAUUUCCAAAUUGAUAAAGACUGGACUUUACUUUAAAUUCAAAGCAAAAACCAAUAUUUUCUUUGUGAAAGUGAAACUAGUCUUUGAAAUACAUCUUGAGUUUGCAGUCUCUAGUCUUUAUCGAUACAAUCAAAAAGCAAUCAAGAGUGCAAUACCCUGGAUGAAAAGCAUUCAAGUAUCCUCUUGUGCAGAAUCGGCUCAAGAUUAUGAGCCUGCGCGUGAAUGGAUCUUUUUUUUUGAAGCGAGGAAAAAAAAGAGAUGAUAAAAAGAAAAAUGAUGCCUCUAAGAAGGGCGUUUUUCAGUCUAUCCAACGUCAUUUGGAUCACAUUGAUCCUUGGCUAAUUAAUCGUAAAUACUAAACAAGUUGAUAGCUAAAAAUGCAAAGAUUUAAUAUUUUUCUAAUCCACAUUGGAAGUUGUUAUACUUAUCGUUAAGGUAUUAAAUAUAAUUACAAAAAAAAGAAUACAUAUCAGUCGUGACGAAAGAUUCGACUAAAGCAAACAUUAAUUAUUCAUUUAAGGCUAGGAAAGAAGAUUUAUUCACUUUUUCUGCAAAAAAAAGAAAAAUUUAUUAUUUUUGUUUGUAAACCAAAGAAUCGAAAAUUUAUUUUUGUUAAAGAAAGGUUUGUAAAUCUAUAUAAAGACGAGGGAAAACUGUUUUCAUGGAACAUUAUUAUCACGAUAAUAAUGCUCCAUUAUUUCAUUCAUCGACAGAGUUCCCUCGUUUCCGCCUAAGGCUGCAAUUCAAGAUCUACAUAGUUAUAACAACCACUAUUGAGAAGUUCAAUGUGAAAUUCAAAUAACUUCCAGUUUAAGCUGAAUAACUAUAACUUUUCAUUACAAUAGAAAUCUUGUAAUAUUAUCGUUAAAUUAUAUUUCUUUACAUUAAAAAGAUAGUUCUACUUCUGUUUUGAACUAUACGUCGAUUUUGAUUUUUUUCCCAAUUGUACUUUAUUUAGUUAAUAAUUUUAGUUUAAGUAAAGAAUCAAAACUAGUCCAAUUUAUCCAUUUAAAUAAAAACUUUAUUAAAUUAAUUGCCAAGACAAUAAUUACCAAUUUUAAUAAAUUAAAUUACCCCUAUUGUUUAGAAAAAGAGAACAGUGAAGAAUCUUCUUUCAAAUUGAAUAGCUGCAUUUUAGAUGAAAAGUUCAAAGAGCAUAUAUAUAAAGAUGUGAUAAUAAUUUUAACAAAAAAAGAAAUUAAAAUGCUUAUUUGAAAAAAAAUGAUUUUCUUUCGUCACGAACUUAAAUAUAUAUUAUACAAACUGAUUGUCAUGAUUGGAAUUCGAAAGCUUUUUUUACUUGCCUAGAAAUAAAAUAUCGUGCGAUAGAAUUUUUCUAGGACGUAUACUUUAUAUAUAUACAAAAAAUGUAUAUGUGUAUACCAUUUAAAAGAAAAACUAUAAUCAUAGAUGGUAAGUUUAAUUAAUUUUAAAAAGUUUCUGGUACAAGUCGACAAUUGAUAUCAAAACAAAAUAUAUUCAAAACGUAAAAUAUUAAUACUGAUUGCGUAACGAAUACAUAUCAAGAUUGUGAUAAUAUUUAUAU